AUGAAAGAGUUAAGUUUAGAUAACGAGUUAGAGCUGUUUUAUGAAUAUAUUACAUCAUUUGAAUAUAUUAUAAGAAAUUUUAGUAAUUAUAUAAAAAGGAAAAAAAGAAAUUAUAAAACGAUUAGAAGAAAUGAUAUAAUAAAUGAUGUUGUAAAUAAAUAUUUGAACAAAAUUAUCCCUAUAAAAUUGUUGCUUCAUAUGAAAUGUUCUAAGAAUAGGAGAUUUUAUGAAAAUUUGUUUAUAUGUUGUUAUUAUCAUGUCAUAAUAAAAUAUAUUAUACAUGAUCCUUUGUUUAAUUUAGAGAGGAUAAUAGAAUACUGUAUUAAUCAUAAGAUAAAAAUGGAAAAUAUUAAAGAGAAGGAGAAAAAAAUUGACAAGCAUAAUGAUCAAUGUGAAAAUAAUAAAAUAAAUAAUAAUAAUAAUAAAAUAAAUAAUAAUAAAAUAAAUAAUAAUAAUAAUAGUAGUAGUAAUAAUAGUAGUAGUAAUAAUAGUAGUAAUAGUAGUUGUAGUAAGAAAAAGACGAAGAAAGAAGGGAAGAAAAAUCAAUAUAGUGAAGAAGGCAUUUCUGAUAAUUUCAUAGAAGGUUGUGAUGAUAAAACAUUUGAUGAUUACUUAGAAUGUUUUAAUUUUAUAAAAGAAGAUAAUAUAUGUUUUUUAACAAAAAAGAAUAAAAUGAAUAUUGUUUAUGAUAUUAUGAAUAUAUGUAAAGAAAAUAAUAUAUUAUAUAAAAUAUUAAAUGAUGAAUAUAUUAUAUUAAAUGAGACAUAUGAAGAAAUAUGUCAUGUGACAUAUUCUUUCGGUAUUAUGUGUUAUGUAUUUGGUUUUUAUAAAUUCUUUAAAAUAGAAAAUUUAAAAAUUAUAAAAAAUAAUAAUAUAUGUUCCUAUAAUUUAUUCCAAUGGGUAUAUGAUAUUAAAUAUACUAUUAUAAAAUAUUAUUCCUAUUUAUGUAAUGAUCCUAAGAAUAUAAAGAUAUUUCAUGAUAAUAUAAAUAUUAUAGAUGACAAAAAGAGAAAAAAUAAUAUAUCAACAGAUCAUUUUAAUAAUAUGAAUCUUUAUGUAAAUAUUCUUGAUAACAAUGAAUAUUUUUUAAAUUAUAUAAUAUUUUAUUACAUAUGUAAUCUUAAAAAAAUAUGUAAUAAAUGGUUAAACUUACGUAAUAAUUUUUUUUAUAUUUUUAAUGAAUAUAUAGAAGAAUCUUUUAAAAAUAACAUCAUAAAAAAAAAUAAAGAAAUGCAAGAAAUCUUUUCUAUAUCCUUAUCAUCUGGAGAUACAAAACAAAAAAAAAAUUUAUAUAAUGUGGAGUCACUUCAAAUGUGUAAUUUAAAAAAUGUUAUACAAAAAUGUUCUUAUAUAAACGAAUGUUUAUUUUUUAAUAAUAAUAAAAGGGAAUAUACUAAUCAGAAUGAAGAGUAUAUACACAUGUUGAAGAAUUCUAGAGAGAAAUUUAUUUCAUACAAAAAAAAAUACAUAAAUUUUGAUUUAAAGGAUGAGGUAGAUAUAAGUCUACACAGUGUAAAAUUCGUUCUUCAUUAUGUAAAUAGUAUUUAUAAUGAUGAUGAAAAUGAUCAAAUGGAAAUGCAGGAUAAAAUUUUAGAUGAUGUCAUUUCGUGUGAUGAUAAUAUUUCUAAGGAGAAAAAAAAAAUAAAAUAUGAGAAGAUUAAGAAGCACUUGGAUAAUUUAUAUAACAAAAUGAAAAGUAUGAAAAGUUCAAAGGUAUAUAUUUGGAUGUAUUUGUAUGUAAACUUUGUGUUUGAUUUCUUUUAUGUUAAUAUAAAGAAGAAUUAUCGUAAAAUAAAUAAUUAUUGUUUAUGUUUUGAUGAGUGUAUGCAUGAGAAUAGUAAUGUGGAAAAUGUAUUAGGUGGUAGUAAUAAUAAUAACAAUAAUAACAAUAAUAACAAUAACAACAAUAAUAACAAUAACAACGAUGGUAAUAAUAAUAAUAAUAGCAACAACAACAACAACGAUAGUAAUAAUAAUAAUAAUAAUAGUAGUAGUAGUAGUAAUAAUAAUAAUAAUAAUAUUAAGAAGAAAUACAUCAUUGUGUUUAAUUUAUCCGGACUUAUCGAUUUUAUUAAUAAAAAAAAUAACCUGGAAAAAAAAAAGAUUUGCCUCAUGCUCAAGAAUUAUAUAGACAAUGUAUUAUUUAACGAGUGUAAAGAAUUGUUUGUCGAGGAACUAAAUGUUGAUGAGAAGAAAAAUAAAAACGACAUUGACGGUGAUGAUUAUCAUAAGAUUAAAUUUUCUCAUCCUUUAGAAGAAUGGGAAAAAACAAAUACAAAAAAUAGUAUAGAUGAAAAAUGUAAGAAGAAAAAGAAUAAUUUAUUAGAUGAGUCUAUAAAUAAUUCUGUUAUUACAAAUAAUAAUAUAACAUUAGAUAAUACAUAUUUAUAUAAUAUAAAAAAUGAUGAAGACAAAAUUCAUUCGAAUGUUUUAUUAUCAUUAUCUAAAUAUUAUGAAAUUCAUAAAUAUUAUAAAGGGAAAAUAAAAAUAAGUAAUUUUGUAAAUGAUUAUAUUUAUAUGUUUAUAUCUUAUUUAACCUUGAUAGAUAUGAAAUUAUCUUUGUUGCUAGUAGAAAAAUAUAAUCUAACGAUACCUAAUAAAUAUUUAGAUUUAAGUUGUUAUAUAUAUAUAUGCCAGAUGAAUAAACAAAAUUCAAAUAUAAUUUUUUUUAUAAGUAAGUUUGAUAUACAUCGACAUAUUUUAACAAAUGACGUGGCUAAUAAAAACCUAAAGGAAAAUUAUAAGAUAUAUAAAAAUAUUGAAUGUAACAAUAAUAUUAUGAAUAAUGUAAUUAAUGGUAGCAAUAAUAAUAAUAUAAACAGUAAUAAUAAUAAUAAUAUAAACAGUAAUAAUAAUAAUAAUAUAAACAGUAAUAAUAAUAAUAUAAACAGUAAUAAUAAUAAUAUAAACAAUAAUAAUAAUAAUAAUAUAAACAGUAAUAAUAAUAUAAAAAAUUGCGAUAUUAAUUUUACUUUUCUGGAUGACAUAAUUACUAUUUAUAAAAAACAAAAAAAUGAAAUAAUUAACUUCAAUAAUAUAAAUAUAAUUCAUGAUAAUAUAAAUCAAGCUAUCCCUCAAAGUCAUAAUAAUAUUUCAAAUGAUGGAUUAGAGGAUUGUAAAAGUAAUGUGUGUACCAUUAAUAAUAAUAUAAAUAAUUUGAGAGGUAUAGAUAUAAAUAAUACUAAUGUAAAGGAUUACUGUUUUGUAUCGGAAGGAAAUAAUUGUCUACAUAAUAAUUUUGUGAAGAGUGGUUCCUUUGAUUUAUAUAAUACAAAUCAAGAUAUUGAAGGCAAUAAAAAUAUGAGAAUUAACAAGUACAGUGAUGAUUUAAUAAAAUGCAAUUUUAUGGAUAAUAAAUUAAGAGAAAUAAAUUUGAAAAAAGAUAUGAAUCUAAGCAAUGAAAUUUACAAAGAUGAGAUAUGUAAUGAUGUGAUUAGAAAUAUGUCACAUGCUUUUUUAAAUAAAGAUAUGGACAUGUAUCACAAUAUAGAUAUAUAUAAUAUAAAUCAAUUGAACGAAUUUAAUAAUAUGAAUAAAUAUUAUAAUGCUGAUAAUGUUAAGGAUAUAAAUUUUAUGAAUAGUAAUAUAUAUCCCAUAAAAAUGAAUAUACCGUAUAAUAUAAAUUUAAAUGAAAUAUUUAUGAAUGAUUGUAGAGUUUCCAAUAUUAUUCAUUUUUGUAAAGGUGAUAGAACAUUAGAAUUAGAAUUAAUUAAACAAAGAAUUAUAAACGGAAAUAUAAAAUAUGCUAUAAAAUUAAUUAAAAUAUUUAAUUAUGAAUUAUUACAUUUCCCCAACUUAUUUUUUUAUUUAAAUUACAAAUCCUAUAAUUAUUUAUUAAGUAGUUUUGAUAAAAAAUAUAUUAUUUAUUAUUUAUAUGACAAUCCAAAAUAUUUAAAAAUUUAUUUUAAUUCUUUGUUAAAAAAGAAGAAUAAAGAAUCAUGUGUGAUGUGUAUCUAUUUCUUAUAUCCCUUAUAUAUGAACUUGGAAGAUAUCGAUUUUAAAACAUUUUUUUAUUUAUUUUAUAAAAAUAAGAAGGGAAAGAAAAUAAGUUAUAGUACAACUGGUUCAUAUAAUAAUAAUAAUAAUAAUAUGAAUAAUAUGAAUAAUAUGAAUAUGAAUACGGUUGGUAAUUAUAUGAUCAGUUCAAAUAAUCCAAAUAAUAUGAAUAAUAUGUAUAAUAUGAAUAAUUCAUGUUUUAAUUAUAAUUAUUAUAAUAAUGAUGUAUAUUUUGAAGGAGAAUAUUACAUAUGCGAUUGCAGGGAUGGUAAUAAAAAUAUGUUGACGACAUUAGAACAGAACAAUAAUAAUAAUAUUAAUAAUAAUAAUUCAUUUUGUAUAUCUACUUGUAGUAAUAUUAUGUGGUUUUUAAAAAAUGAGUGUAAUAUAAUAAAUGAAGAAUGUUUUACUUUUCGAAAUGAAGAAGAUAUAUAUUUUGAGAAUUUAAAUAGAAUAUAUAAAAUAUGUGAUUUAUGUAAAUAUUUCGAUAUGUUUAAAAUAUUAAAGAAGAUUCAUUCUGAAAUUAUAAAAAGUUCUUUUGAUUAUUUAAUAAAAAUGAAAGGAUCUUGUUUUUGUCAAAAGAAUUACAUAUGUAUAAAGGAUGUAGGUUCUUGUUUAAAUAACGUAGUUAUUAUAGAUAAAUUUAAAGAUUUUUACAUGUUAUAUGAAAAAAUUAAAAAGAAUGAAAAGAUACUUUUUAUAGAUGCUGAAUGGAAAUGUGCCGUCUUUAGAGAAAAUCCUAUCAUAUCAAUUUUUCAAAUUGCUUUAAAAGAUAGUGUUUUAUCUUAUAUUAUAGAUGUAAAGAAUAUAUCUUUGGAGAAUUAUCAAGUUAAUUAUUAUAUUUCUGAUUUGUUUAGAGAUGAAAAUAUUAUAAAAAUUGGUGUGGCCUUUUUGAAUAAUGAUAUGUUACAUUUUAGAAAAUACUAUGAUAUAUUAAAUAUGUUAACUUGUAAAAAGUAUAAAGAUAUAUUAAUUGAUGAUAGCGAUAUGGGAACUCAAGAAAACGGACUUAAACAUAAAAUUGUGAAUAUGAAUACUUAUAAUGAUACCGUACCUUUUUAUAAUAACAAUAUGAAUAAUAAUAAGAGGAAUGAUAAUCAUAUAUUAUUAAAAAAAGUCACGAAGAAUAUUCAUGAAUAUACAAUAAAUUAUGCUGGUGACACUAUGGCGAGUUCGAAUAAUAUGCUUGGAUAUGAUAAUAGAAGUUAUAUCUAUGGAUACACAAAUAAUAUGAAUAGUAACAACAACAACAAUAAUAAUAAUAACAACAACAACAAUAAUAAUAAUAAUAAUAACAACAAUAAUUAUAGUAGUAGUAGUAGCUGUUGUAAUAAUAAUUUUUUUAAUUUAGGUGAAAAGAUAAAAGAAGAAUCACACAGUAUUAAAUUUAAUAAUAAUUUAUAUGAUGAUAUAAGCUAUAAAAAUAUUUUCCCAGUAAAUUAUUUUAUAAAAUAUAAAAAUAACGAUAAAUUAAUUAAUGAUCUUUUAAAUACAAAAUGUAAAACUUGUAAUAAAAUAGGUAUAUAUAGUUGUAUACAUAAAUAUUAUAAUUUAGAAUAUAUAUAUAAUAAAUAUUAUGAUCAUUUAAAAUUUAAUUUUCCAUAUCUUAAAAAAAAUAUGAGUUAUUCUGUUAAAUUCUUUGGUAAAAUAUUAUUUCCAGAAAAACAAGUUAAUAAAGAAUGCCAAAUUAUUAAUUGGAAUUUUAGACCUCUUUCAUCAAGUAGUGUUGAAUAUGCAAUAUUAGAUGUUCUUAUUUUAAAAAAUUUUUUUUAUUUAAUUCAAACAAAAUUACCCAUAGAUAUUGAAUGUGCUUUAUGA